AUGGCGUCCGGGAUCGGCGCGAAGCAGCAGCGGCGGAAGCGCUACUCCGAGGCCGGCGUCGUGUUCACGGAGGCGUACGUCGCGCGGGUAUCGUCGCUGCCCGGCGACGCGUCCGACGACGACGACGACGUCGAUGUCGGCGCCGCCGCAUCCGCGUCCGAGAGCGCGCGCGCGUUCAAGCGCGCGCUGCGAGCGUUCACGCGCCUCGGGUCCACGUUCGCGGAGGUGGAGGCGCUCAGGGCGCUCGUGGACGCGCUCGUCCUCCUCGCCAACGGCGGGCGCGCGACGAAGAGCGCGCGUCGCGACCGUCGCGCCGGGACGUCGUCGUCGUCGUCGAUCGCCGUCGACGCCGACGACGACGACGACGCCGAGCUCGAGCCGGACGCCGCGUUCGCGCCGGGCGUCGCGACGUUCCUCGCGCUCAUCUUCCUCGAGAACUCGCGACCGCUGCACCGAUACGUCAUCACGUCGCUCCGGAGGUUCCCCCCGCGCGCGCGCGCGGUCGCGGAGGAGGCGCUCGGAUCGGAGAUUCUCGCCGCGGUCGCGGAGGCGCGCGAGCGCGGGUCCGAUCCCGACAAUCGCAAUCCCGGCGGCGGCGGCGGCGGCGGCGCGAGGAUGCUGCGAUGCGCGACCGCGCUCGCGAGCGUGAACGGGCGCCAGCCGCAGACGGGGAUGGAGCAGCGCGUGCUUCGAAGGGGCGCGGUGCCCAUCGCCGCGCUCGUCGCCGAAGGCGCGUCUUCCCGACGCGUCGACGCGAUGAUCGACGAGGCGCUGAGCGGCAGGCACGUCCCUCCCGCGGAGAUGGAGGUGGCGCACGACGCCAUCUCGAUCGCGUACUGUCUCCUUCACAGGCACGGCGACGUCUUCAUCGGCGCCGGCGGCGGCGCAGAAGACUCGAUUUCGAAUCCAAAAACGACAGCCCCCGCCGCCUCCGCCGCCGCCGCCGCGUUCGCGGACUUGGUCCUCGCGUUGACGCGGUCGCUGCGAGAGCGCGCGCUGUCCAGAGAGGCGGCGAUAUCCGCGGGGGUGUCGAUCGCCGCCGCCGCGGGCGUGGGCGCGACGCCCGCGGCGCACGCGGCCGUCCUCGCGGACGCGUUCUUCCCGCGGCGUGACGACGAAGACGGUGGCGGCGGCGGCGGCGGCGCGGCGCCGAGUGGGACGAGCUUGCGCGAGCAGGCGGCGACGUUCACGCCGUUCGGAAGGCUCGCCGCGGUGCGAGGGAUCCUCACCGCGGCGUCCGCGGCGGCUCUUGUCGCGCCGAUGCCGACGCGUCGUCGUCGGACAGACGCGAAAAUAGAGGAUGAAACGCACGAAUCGUGGACGUUAUUGUACGACGGCGCUCUCCCCGCGGUGUGCGACGCGAUGGAGAAGCCGAGGGACUCGCACUACAAGUUUCACGCCUCGGCGGCGUUGAAAGCGUCGCUGCAGCGCGCGAGCGCGAUCGCGACCGCCGAGGUGGCGGACGCGACCGCGACCGCGAGCGUUGUAAUGUCGGACAAGUUGUCCGACAGAGUGCUCGGCAUCCUGUGGGCGAACUGGGAAGACCCGCUGUCGCAGACGGUGAAGGAAGUCCAAGCCGCGUUCGAGCACUUACUCGACGUCAAGAGCAUUUUCGACCGCCGCCGCGCGAACGCGAACGCGAACGCGAACACAAAAACGCCACACGAUGAUGCGUUUCUCAUCGCCGCGACGCGGCAGCUCCUGAACAAGGGCGCGCACUGCAAGGGGCGGUACGUCCCCCUCUCCGUCGCGACGCGGCGUCUGGGCGCCCGGAGGCUCCUCGCAGUCGCGCCCGAGUUGCUCGCGGAGACGCUCGACGCGAUGCGCGACGACUCCGUGAGCUGCGCCGCGGGGACGCUCGUCGCCGCGCUCAGCGCGAAGCUCCUGGAGGAGAUGGAGGAGGAGGAGGAGCGCGCGGCGAACGGCGGCGGCGGCGACGACGACGACGCGUCCGCGUCCGCAUCCGCGACCGCGCCGGAGGGCGAUUCGAAAAAACGAAAAAACGAAAAAACGAAGAAAAAACUCGGCGGGACCACCCGGGGGCCGAUGGGCGGCGGCCCAGACGUCGUGUGCUUCGGCCGCGGCGGCGGGAAGGCUGUCACGGCGUGGCGCGCGUGGUGGGUCCCGCCGUUACUGAAGACGAUGCUCGGCGAAGGACGAGCGCGCGUCGGCGCGGUGACCUACGCGCUGCCGCCGCUUCUGAAGCGAGACGGCGCGUCAAUCGUGCCGCUUUUGAAACAUCUCGUGGACGAGAAGCCGCCACGUGGAUUGAACGAAUCAGACGACGCCGCGUGGAGCGAGCGGCGCAGCGGCGCGCUCGUCGCGCUGCUGCGCGCGGCGCGAGCGCGAGCGCUGCUCGACCCGGCGUGCGUGGCGAGGGUCUCCCCCGUCGUGUUCGCCGCCGGCGGCUACGACGGCCCCUCGUUUGAAGUCCCUCGCGAGCUCCUCGAGCGCGCGGUCGUGUGCCGUGACGCGCGGACGCGCUGCGACGCGCUCGAACUCGUGUGCCUCGACGGCCGCACCGCGUCGUUGCCCGGCGAUUUAGAGCUCGACUUGCUAAAGUCGGCGUUGCCGGGGUGUCUCAGAGGAGAUUCGGCGGCGUUUCGAAACGCGCUCGGGUCGAUGCUGCGCGGGCUGCUCGCGCGCGUGAAGACCGGGCAGCUGCGAGCGGCGGUGAUGAUACGCCAGAUCUCGCGUCGACGGGCUGUGUUCGGCGAUGAGAAACCGCCGGAUGAUGUGCGUUACGGUGGCAAAGGCGCCGCGGCGUUCACCCCCGAGGAAGCCGACGCGUUCAUCCUCCGCGCCGUCGCGUGCGAAAAAUGGACGAAAUGGCUCGUGCGCGCGCUCCUCGCGAGCGCGUACCCCGGCGCGCCGUACGAGAGAAAAUUCACCGCGCUGGACCUCCUCAACGCGGUCGUCGAAACGUGGGGCGUCGCGGAAGGCGGCGAGGACCGAGCGCAGCACGAGCGAUCGGAGAGCACGAAGCGCGCGAUGGAAAAAGCCGCCGCCGGGGACCCCGCCGCGGAGCUCGCCGCGCGCGCGCUCGAGGCGAGCCCGUAUCUUCCCUGCCUGCGCGAGGACUGCACGACGUCGCUCCUCGGCGCGGCGGUGGACUCGUGGGAUAAGCUGCGCGCGAGCGCGUUCAGUUUGCUUCAGAGGCAUCCCGCGCCGCUCGCGGGCGCGGAGACGCCGACGGCGCUCGAGUCGCGAUUGCGGUGGGCGUUGAAAUUGCUGCGGUCGCCGCGCGCGCGCGAGUCCGACGCCGCGGCGCAGCUGACGCGUUUGCUAUUCCGGAAGUACGCGUUAGAUUUAGGAUGGGACGUGAAGCUCGCGCCGGUUCCGAGCGCGACGACGCCGGCGGAGGGGGCGACGCGGGCGUCCGCGGGCGCGACCGCGACGCGCGUGUUGGACAACAUGUGCGACCUGAUCGAGAACGAGUGCGAGCUCGCGGAGAAAGACAUGAUGACCGCGUGUCGACAGAGCCUCGCGCACGGCGCGCUCCUCGCGACGCGGUACGUCCUCGCGGAGAUUCCGUUCGUCGCCGCGAGCGUCGAGGAGAGCGCCGAAAUGAAGGCUUGCCUCGCGCGUUUGCUGUCGCUGCUCGAGCGCGUCACCGGCGUCGCGUUGAGUUCUAUCUCGACCCCGAGCGGCGCUCUCAUCGCCGCCGAGUCGCGAGAGAUCAACCCCGACACCCUCGGCGGCGGUUCCGACCAGGGCGCGGCGGCCGCGGCAGCCGCCGCCGCGGGCGGAGCGUACGACGACGACGACGACGACGUGAGCGGCGAUGAUGACCUGGAUGCUGACGUGGACCAAUCAGAGGAUGGCGGCGUAACGCUCGCCCCGAAAGCGCAGACGAUCGUCACCGCGUGUUGGCUCACGAUGAAAGAGGUGUCCCUCCUCACCGGGGAGCUCGCGCGCGUCGUGCCUCUGCCCGGCGGCGCGAACCGCCACGGCGACGGCGGCGACGGCGGCGGCGGCGGCGACGGCGACGCCGCGCGCGACGCCGACGCCGGCCUCCUCGAUCCGUCGCAGCUCAAAGCCGCGGGCGAGCGCUUGAUCCGGACGAUUCUCGUCAUGAAACACAACGGCGCGAUCGAGAAGACGCGCGUCGGUCUCGCGUGCCUCGGCGAGCGUCUCCUCCGGUCGUCGCGACGCGAGCUCAGCGAACUCCCCGGGGCGUGGCUCGAAGCGCUGUUCGAGCGGCUGCGGGCGCCCGGGCAGGGCGUCGCGGAUUUGAUACGACGAAGCGCGGGGAUUCCGGCUGGAUUCAUGGCUGUUUUUUCGGCGGAGCCGCCGGGAGUGCCGCGGGCGUUGCUGCACGACGCGAUGAGACGGUUGCUCGACAUCGCGGUGGGUGUACUUUGA